UCUAGCUUGGCAGCCUCUAAAGAAGCCGCGGCUCGAAAAGCUGCCUCCCCAAUGCCUCCCUCUGAGUUCUUGGACAAACUCAUGGGCAAAGUUUCGGGUUACGAUGCAAGAAUCAGACCUAAUUUUAAAGACCCACAAGGCCCCAAAACAGAAGCUUCUCACAAGAAAGGUCCCCCUGUAAACGUAACAUGCAACAUUUUUAUUAACAGUUUCGGGUCCAUCGCUGAAACAACAAUGGACUACAGAGUGAAUAUCUUCCUGAGGCAGCAAUGGAACGACCCCAGGCUGGCCUAUAGUGAAUACCCCGACGAUUCUCUUGACCUGGACCCAUCUAUGUUGGACUCUAUCUGGAAACCUGAUUUGUUCUUCGCCAAUGAAAAGGGCGCCAAUUUCCAUGAGGUUACGACUGACAACAAGCUACUAAGGAUUUCAAAAAAUGGGAACGUAUUGUAUAGUAUUCGAAUAACACUGGUCCUGGCCUGUCCCAUGGACUUGAAGAACUUCCCAAUGGACGUACAGACCUGUAUCAUGCAGCUGGAGAGUUUCGGCUAUACGAUGAAUGAUCUCAUAUUUGAGUGGGAUGAGAAGGGAGCUGUGCAGGUAGCAGACGGGCUGACGUUACCUCAGUUUAUACUGAAAGAGGAGAAAGACCUGCGAUACUGUACCAAGCACUACAACACAGGAAAGUUCACUUGUAUCGAGGCUCGUUUCCAUCUGGAGAGGCAGAUGGGCUAUUACCUGAUUCAGAUGUACAUCCCCAGCCUUUUGAUUGUCAUUUUGUCCUGGGUGUCCUUCUGGAUCAACAUGGACGCUGCACCUGCCAGAGUGGGACUGGGCAUUACCACCGUGCUCACUAUGACCACCCAGUCCUCCGGCUCCCGAGCCUCCCUCCCCAAGGUGUCGUAUGUGAAAGCCAUUGACAUCUGGAUGGCCGUGUGCCUCCUGUUUGUCUUCUCGGCCCUGCUCGAGUACGCUGCUGUGAACUUCAUCGCUCGGCAACACAAGGAACUGCUGCGCUUCAGGAGGAGAAGGAGACACAUGAAGGAGGAUGAGGGCGGUGAGGGGCGGUUCAGCUUCACCGCCUAUGGCAUGGGCCCUGCCUGCCUGCAGGCCAAAGACGGCAUGGCCAUCAAAGGGAACAACAGCAACGCCCCGACCGCCACUGCCGGCCCUCAGGAGAAAACGGUGGAAGAGAUGCGCAAGCUCUUCAUCGGCCGCGCGAAGAGGAUCGACACGGUCUCUCGCGUGGCUUUCCCGCUGGUCUUCCUCAUUUUUAAUAUUUUCUACUGGCUCGUAUACAAGAUCAUCCGAAGCACGGAUGUACACCAGAUGACGUAA